AUGAUUCGUUACGCUUUAGCAUAUAAAGACUUUAAUCCUAAUGAAAAAUAUCCUGAGGAAGAGAUAGAAUCAAGUUUUGAAUUAACGAAAAAGUAUUGGAAAUAUAAAAUUGAAUCAUAUAAGAAACAAGAUGAAAAAGCAGAAAGGGAUACUAAAAAUAAUGUUUCAAUGGAUGAUUUUCAAUACUAUCACGAUUUAAUCCUUUCAUCUAAAUGCAAAAUGUGUGGUAAAGCGUUUACAUAUGCAAAUAAACCAACAUUGGAUAGAAUCGAUAAUGAAAAACCACAUACCAAAGAAAAUUGUCAGUUAAUGUGUUGUUAUUGCAAUGUCGUAAAAUCAAAUAAAGAUGAAGAUGUUCAACGUUUAAGAAUCAAUUUAAGAAAUUAUGCAUUAAAAAAUAAUUUACCAAUGACUUUAGAUUCAGUUGAAGCUUAUCACAUUCUCCGUAAUGGAAUUACUGGUGGUUUAUCAAAUGUUCAACAUAGAGUAAAUCUUAAAGGAAUCACGCACAUUAAUAAACUUUCAUAUAAUCCAGAAACUAAAACUGUAUCAAAUGAGGACACCACCAACAUUAUGACUCAUUUCGUUGGUGUUGACUUUAAUUCAUUAUAUCCUUCAUCAUUUUCAUCUAAUCCUCAUGAUUUCAUUCAAUAUACUGACCAUAAAAUGUAUAUGCCGGGAAGAUUGAAUGGUGUUAUCAUUUGUGAUACAGCAACAAAGAAAGCAAAAACACUGGGAAUAAUUAAGAAGAAAAAUACUUUAUUCGUGGCUGAAGUAAAGGGUCACAUUGAUGAAAAAUACAUUAAUGAUUACAUAAACUUUUUACCGAUAAUAAGAAACUUAGAUAUUAUCACAGAUGAAAAAACAAUUGGUAGUUUUAUGUAUAAUUACAUGAAAUCAAACAAUCUACCAGUUGACCAGAAACAGAGGAAAUUAACUCAGUUAGCAUCAACACACAACCAAUAUCAACCAUUUUCUUCUUAUUAUCUU